AUGGAUGCGGUUGAAGAUGGACUCUUGGGGGGAGUCACACCAUCCACCCUGCAGUGCCUGGCACAAUCCACCACACUGGAACAAUUGCAUCUCCAUGGAGUCAUUCUCCAUGACACGUGUCUCACCCAGUUAGCCCUGGGCCUGGGUAACCGUAGCACGGCCCUGAAGGACUUGUCGCUCGAUCUCCUCGCCGGUGGUUCCCUGCCGCUCGCUCAAGCCUUGGGUGCCACUACCACCUUGCAAAGACUUCAUCUCACAUUGACACACUCGUGGACCGAUGCCACCUUUUUAAAAGCUCUCGCCCAGGCUUUGUCACAUAGUCGAGGAUCGCUUCUCACGGUCAAAAUUGGAACAUGUGCUGUCCUGGAUGAUGCUACGGCUGCCGUUUUUGUGGAAAUGCUGCAACAUCACAAUCAUGUCUUGGAAGAAUUGCAGUUAGGGCGAUACCGGGGCAUUUGGAAACCACACUUGACGUACUAUCUCAAACUCAAUCGGCAAAAACGGGGGUACUUUCACGCCAACUUUACCAGGCUGACCAAACAACGGUGGAUCGAAGAGGGAUUGAUCCCCGUGCGACAUGAUCUAGAGGGCAUCUUUUACUUUUUGCAAAUGAAUCCCAUCUUGUUGAGUGAGUGA